GAUGGAAUUAGGCAUCAUGAUAUAUCAAGAAGAAUGGAAAAUAUUAUAUAUUCAAGACAUCUAUCUGAGUUUAAAAAAGAUAAAUAUGGAGGAUUAAGAAAGAGAAAGAAUACAAAUACUAAAAAUUUAGAUUAUAAUAAUAUAUCAGAUCAGCUAACAAAAGAAGAAUUAUAUGAAGUGUUAAAAAAUAUGAAUGAAUUACCACCAGAAAAUGAAUUAAUGAAUUUGUGGCAUCAAUCACUAAGUGUGGGAAAACAUAUGAAUGAAAUGUUGACAGAAUUAAAAAGUAUUAUUCAGCCAUACUUGGAUAAAUACGAAAGUAAAUAUAAUGAGAGUAGGCGUUCUGAGGCAACAUGGUUUAAGUGUCUAGCUGAUAUAGGUGAAAAUUUAUUAGAUAUGGAAUUAAGAUAUAACAAUGAAUUUAAAAGGUUACUAAAUAAAGAACCUACAUUGGAUAAUAUAAAAGAUCAUAUAUAUUCAUGUAUUUUAGCUUUUGAUGAAACUAAACAAGAUUUAUAUAAGAAAUAUAAAGACUUUUUUGAACGUAUAAUUGAUAAUAAAGAAUUUCGUAAUAGAUUUAAUUUUUAA